AUGGCGUCCGCUGCAGAUACCGCAAUUGCGCUGGAGAAGACUGCCGCCAACCAUGUCGAGGAUACUUUGGGCCAUGGCGCGAUUUUGGAGGCUAAACAGGCCAACGAGGAUGAACAUUCGCAAACACUGGGGCAAUGCUUGAGAGAGAACCGCAAAGCUGUGAUGUGGUCCGUCCUGAUCUCUCUAUCCAUCGUUAUGGAAGGAUACGAUAUUAUCCUCAUGAGCAACUUUUUCGCCUACCCCGAAUUUCAAAAAAAGUACGGACAUGAUUAUGGCGGUGACAUCGGAUGGCAGGUCUCAGCCCCGUGGCAGACUGGCUUGAACAUGGCUAGUACGGUGGGAUGCAUCUUCGGUGGUAUAUUGAAUGGGUACUGUGCGUCCAAGUAUGGGUACCGGGGUGUCAUGAUUGUUGCCCUCGCAUUCCUGACAUGUUUUAUCUUUAUCACCGUGUUUGCGAAUUCUGCGGCUGUCCUGCUAGUCGGGCAAAUCUUUUGCGGAUUCUCUUGGGGAGUGUUUGCGACCAUCGGCCCGUCGUACGCAUCUGAAGUCUGCCCGACGAACCUGCGCGGCUAUCUCACAAUUUAUGUGAAUAUGUGCUGGGCCAUCGGUCAACUGAUCGCGUCGGGCGUUCUGUACGGACUUGUUGGUCGAACAGAUCAAUGGUCAUACCGCAUCCCCUUUGCCUUGCAAUGGAUUUGGCCCUUGCCGCUAAUGGUUAUCUGUUGGCUGGCCCCCGAGAGCCCCUGGUGGCUCGUGCGAAACGAUCGCAUGGAAGAUGCGAAGCGCAGUAUCCGUCGACUGGGUGGUUCAAAGACAGAAGAACAGAUCAACGGCCAGCUUGCGAUGAUGGUGCACACGAUCAAAAUCGAGGCCGAGAUUGAAGCCGGUACCACAUAUUAUGACUGCUUCAAGGGCGUUGACCUUCGUCGCACAGAGAUUUGCUGUAUGACUUUCGUUGGUCAGAUUCUGUCAGGUAGCACAUUCGCCUACUCGCCCACUUAUUUCUUCACGCAGGCAGGAAUGGAAGUAACCCGCUCCUUCCAGCUGGGAGUUGGGUGCACUGCCGUCGCUUUUGUUGGCACUGUACUUUCCUGGUUCCUGAUCACCGGCUUUGGCCGUCGCACUUUGUAUGUCUGGGGAAUGGGCAUCUUGUGCAUGACUCUUUUCCUCAUCGGCAUCAUCAACGCAGCGUCGCACACUAAUGGCGCGAUGUGGGCCCAGGCUGGUUUGUGCUUCUUCUGGCUCUUCACAUAUUCCUUGACCGUCGGACCUAUUGCCUAUGCUAUAGUAUCGGAGAUGUCAUCGGUGCGCCUGCGGCCGCUGACGGUGUGCGUGGCGCGGACUGCCUAUCAGAUCAUCAACGUGGUCUCCCAGGUGCUGCAACCUUACUUCAUGAACCCGACGGCUUGGAAUGCUUCGGGUAAGACGGGUUUCUUCUGGGGCUGCACAGCUCUAGCUGCGUUUCUGUGGGCAUUCUUCCGUCUCCCCGAGCCGAAGGAUCGUACAUAUGCGGAGCUUGAUAUCUUGUUCGCGACAAAGGUCUCGGCCCGCAAGUUUGCGUCAACCGCCGUUGAUGCGUACGCGGUUGCACCGUCUUCUUCGCGGGAAGGUCUUGUGCGAGAGGAGAUUACCCAGGAGACAAAACAGUGA